AGCCUUUUGCAGAGCUGCAGAGCCCCAGCUCCCUGCUUUGGGGAUGUACGGAGGUACCUGGAGGUAUCCCCCCACCCCUUAAAGCCUGGUUCACAGCCACGAUCAAGCAGCAACAUGCAUGGGGAGUGAACCUCCCGCUUCAGGGGGGACUAUGAUUCAUGUGGGCUGGGAGUGCCCUGCUGAGCACUGCCAAGUGCGGUGCGCCCGUGUGGGUGGCACAGAGCUGUGAAUGGUCCCCUUAGGGCUGUAGACCCCCCAAAAAAGACUGGCUGUAACCCCUACUCCAAGCCCUAUUCAUAGGACUCCCAAAGAUAGGGAGGGUCUGCGGAGUCAUGGGUCCUCAGGCACAAAGGAGUUAGCCACUAAGAUCAGGGGCCUUACCCAUGCAGGGAACACUGUCCUGCUCCGCACCAAGCUGCUCCUGCUGACAGCAGCACAUUCCUCACCACUUCCCCCCCCUCCCCUCCUACCAAGGGACGAAAGUCAUCCUGAGCUGUCAGCACCGGUGUUGCAAGCCCGAGCCAGCUCACUGGCUGCCAAACCCUUUCUGCCAGGUGGGGCCAAAGCGGUGACACCGAGUGCUGAAGCCACCAGGGGCACUGAUGUUCCCAUUCACUCCUGCCCCAAGACUGAGAAUGUGCACAACUUGUGUCAGGAGUGCGUGGCUCCCUCCAAGAAUUUGGGCAGGGGGAAAGCAGCGGAACAAAGCCACUGGGGAUUUUGGGAGCAGGCAUGUCCCAUAAGCUGGGGUUGGUUGGGGUGGCUGGGCGGGUGGGGUGAGCCUAAUUAAUACCUGUGCACAGCAGCAGCUGAGUCACCCUGCAUUCAUUGCCUCUGUGCUCAGAGCCACCAGCCCAGCGCCACUCAGCUGCCUCAUGGUUGUGGUUUUUUUUUGGUUUUUUUUGGUUUUUUUUUUUAGUUGUUUUUUGGUAAUUCCCAACUGAUUUGGAAAGCAAAGCAGGGGGGGAUUGGCCACCAUGCCCUAACAGUGGUGAUGGGCUCUUGUAGGGGCUUUAUCAGGGAGACUGACAGGUGUUGGCUGGAGGUCGAGGGCUUGCCAUGGGGCUGCCCAGGGCUCUAGGGGUCAAUGGGCAGCAUGCCUGAGACUCCAGAGCUCUCCUGGGUGGGCGCAUGGGGGUGUCUGGGGCUUUCCAAGGAGGGCUGGGGCCUAGAGGUGGCUGGUGAGGCCAUGUGGGGGUUUGGGGGAGAAUGUUGGUUCCUGUGGCUUGCUGGGGUCAAUGUGGAGGCUGUGUGGGGCUCUGGGACUCUCUGAGGAGGCUGCCUGGGAUCUAAGGCUGGCUGGUGGAGGGCUGGGGGUUGACAUGGAAGCUGCACAGGGGUCUGGGUGUCGAUGUGUAGGCUGAGCUCGGAGCAGGCUGGUGGGAGAGGCCACGUGGUGGUCCAGAGUUCAACUUGGAGGCCACAUGGAGGCUUGGGGCUUUUGGGGUCCAUAGGGGAGCCUGCCCAGGCAGCCUGUCCAGCUCUCAUCACUGUGGCUGUGGGCAUGUCCCCCUCCUCUGCUUGUGGGCACCCUGGGGGGGCUCCUUUGGCCUCGGGGCUCACAUUGCCCCCGUCUAUGCUCAGGUGGCCGCAGCACCGAGGCGUGGCGGCAGCGGGGCGGGCCGGGUGCCUCCUACAGCUCAGGGAAGGCCCAGCUGCCGUCACAGCCGCACACACCUGCACAGGGCGGCUGCGCUUGCCUCGGCCCUACUCGCUGCCGCCAUGCAGGAGACUAACGCCUUCUUGCUGUCGGCCCUGCAGCCUGAGGCUGGCGUCUGCUCGCUGGCUCUGCCUUCGGACCGCCAGCUGGAUGGUCGUGGCCGAGAGGCAGCCGAGGCCCAGCGACUGCGCAGCGCUCGCGUCCAGGAGCAGGUCCGCAUCCGCAUGAUGCUGCGGGGGCAGGCGGCCGCCCCACGGCCCGAGACCACCAUGCUUGACCCGGUGGAUGGCAGAGGUGGGAGACCUCGGGAUGGCGGUCCAUAUGGCACGACCGUGCGUUCCUCCUUUAGCUCCCGCUCCCAGACCAAUGGCUUGGACUCCAAAGGCUUGCAGGAGGUGAUUCUCCCCUUGUACUCAGGCAGCAGCUGGUCCUCGCGGUCGGCUGUGGACCUCACACCACACAAGCGGAUGGCAACUGUCAGCAACGGGGGGAUGCCAAAGGGCCGGAGCUACGGUGUGGGUGUGGGCUAUGCCAUGUCGCAGGCUGCCAGCACCUCUCCACGGCCCAGCUCCUUCCACGAACGCAACUACCGUGCCCAGCAGAGCUUUGACACACUGUCGCUGCACUCCCUGCGGCUGGCUGACGGGCCACCGCCUCCCAGCACUACAGAUGAUCGCUACAGUAUCAUCUCGGAGCAGCUGGACCCCAUGGGGCACCGGUCCCUCUACAAAAACCAAGGCAAUGGUGGCUUCAGCCGCUCAUACACCUUCGAGAGGCAGAUGAGCACUGGUUCCAACGCAAAGAGCUCUGACUGGUUGGAUGGCGGAGAGGUGCCCCAGAGCCGCACCAUUCGGGCACCAGCCAUGCGCACGCUCCAGCGCUUUCAGAGCAACAACCGCUCACGUCUCAGCACCAGCUCCUUUGGCAGCAUCCAGCCAUCCUUGCAGGCAGCCGUCGGGAGCUCCUACAUGGGCAUGGUGGAACACAGCUCCCGUGCGCCCUCCGUGCGCAGCCUGGCUGAGUCCAGCCACCACCUCCAGGACCAGCGUGCCAUGGAUACGUACAAUGGGCACAGCACGCUGCUCACCCAGCAGUCAGGGGGGUUUGACGAUAUUGACCUGCCCUCAGCGGUGAAAUACCUGAUAGCCAGUGACCCCAACCUACAAGUCCUGGGCGCUGCCUACCUCCAGCACAAAUGCUACAGUGACAGUAAUGCCAAGAAGCAGGCUCGCAGCCUCCAGGCCAUGCCCAAGCUGGUGAAGCUCUUUAACAGCCCCAAUCAGGAGGUGCAGCGCCAUGCAACAGGUGCCAUGCGCAACCUCAUCUAUGACAAUGCUGAGAACAAGCUGGCGCUGGUGGAGGAGAACGGCAUCUAUGAGCUCAUGAGAACGCUGCGGGAGCCUGAUGAUGAGCUCCGUAAGAAUGUAACAGGGAUCCUAUGGAAUCUUUCCUCCAGUGACAACCUGAAGGAUCGCUUGGCUCGAGACACACUGGAGCAGCUCACAGACCUGGUUCUGGUCCCCCUCUCUGGCCUGGGUGGCUCUGGUGUCAUCCAGCAGAACCCCUCCGAGGCAGAAAUCUUCUACAACUCCACAGGCUUCCUCAGAAAUCUGAGCUCGGCAAGCCAGCAGACCCGGCAGAAGAUGCGUGAGUGCCAUGGGCUGGUGGAUGCUAUGAUCCACUAUGUGAACAGCUCCCUAGAAGUAGGGAAGUCAGAAGACAAGAGUGUGGAGAAUGCUGUCUGUGUCCUGCGCAACCUCUCCUACCGUCUCUACGAUGAAAUGCCUCCCUCCUCCCUCCAGCGCCUGGAGGGACACCGCAGGAAUAAUGGUGGAACCAUGACAGGGGAGCUGGUGGGCUGCUUCAGCCCCCAGAGCAAGAAGGCUCGAGAGCACUAUCUGAAUGCAGACAUUGUCACUUUUACGGAGGUGUCCAAGGACCCCAAGGGUAUGGAGUGGCUCUGGAACCCACAGAUUGUGGGCAUCUACAACCGGCUGCUGCAGCGCUGUGAGCUCAACAAGCACACUACUGAGGCAGCUUCGGGUGCCUUGCAGAACAUCACUGCUGGGGACCGCAGGUGGGCAGGUGUGCUGAGCCGGCUGGCCUUGGAGCAGGAACGCAUCCUGAACCCUGUGCUGGACCGCGUCCGCACUGCUGACCACCACCAGCUGCGCUCCCUGACAGGGCUCAUCCGCAACCUGUCCCGCCAUGCGCGCAACAAGGAUGAGAUGUCCACCAAGGUAGUCAGCCACUUGAUUGAGAAGCUGCCAGGGAGUGUCGGGGACAAGGCACCGCCUGCUGAUGUUAUCGUGAACAUCAUUGCGGUGCUCAACAACCUGGUGGUGGAGAGCCCCAUGGCUGCUCGCGACAUCGUCUACUUUGAUGGCCUCAGGAAACUCUUCUAUGUCAAGAAGAGGAGGGACAGCUCAGACAAUGAGAAGUCCUCCAGGGCAGCAGCCAGCCUCCUGGGCAACAUGUGGCAAUACACCAAGCUCCACCGGGACUUCAAGGUGAAGGGGUACCGGAAGGAGGAUUUCCUCAGCCUGUAAGAACAGCCCCAGAGAGAAGGGACUACGCAGCCCCAUCUCCUUUCCAAGACACGUCUUGCUGCCUCCUAUGAACCCCAGAGGAGCCACUCACCUCAGGACUCCUGCUCUGUAGCGUAGUCACCACUGUUCCUUGUGUCCCUUGCGCCUACCCCCUGCUGCUGGGAACCCUGUCUCUGGGCUGGUGAUGCAGGAGCUGAAAAUAUCCCCCCAAACCAUUUUUGCACCACUUCAAGCUUGGCAGAAGGGCAGGAAGCUCUGGCGAUGCUUUUGGGGGUGUCCCUAUCCCAGCUGCCCCCACUAAUUAGGGCUGAGCUCCCAGAAUCUCAUUGUGCUGGGCUGUGCCCUGCAUGGGGAUGGGGCUUUGUAGAGCAUGGGAAGGGGCCAUCCAUGAUGGCCAAUGGUGUCUCCUUGAAGUUUUAAGGGGCUGCACCUUGGCUGCAAGGAGCCAGAAGCAGCAUCAGUGCCCACUUUGCAGCAGGGACCCCAUAGCUGCCCUGUUAAGGACCUGGGGCUAUUCAGGACCAGUGCUGCGUAAGCAAGAUCCAGGCAGGGCCAGCUAGCUUGUGUUUGCUGGGUGGCAUCUCCCCGUGGGGUGGGGAGAUGCCCUUGGUGCCCAGUGCAGGUGGGGCCAGCAUGAGUUCAAAGCUCACCCAGCAGAGGCAGAGGAUUGGCAUGUGCGGGAGGCUGUGGGUUGCUUGGAUCUGCCAGUGGGGUUUGGGACUGGGGAGGGAGACCCUGUGCUUGGGUGUGCCCCAUCUAGGAAAAGGGGGUAGAGUAGGUAUGACAAGGGCUGGGAAGUCAGAAGUCAGCAGA